CAGCCCUCCAAGUCCCUAUUUGUCGCACUCUGCACCUUCUGCACCAAAGACUCACCUUUCUUCUCGUCUGGGAACUUGCACUCUCUCAUGGAGGGCAACGACACCACCCGCGGACUGCGGCUGCUCGCCUUGUUACUGGCAUGUGGCGGGCUGCUGUCUGCGUUUAACCUGGACACCGAGGACGUCCUGAGGAGAGACGGGGACCCGGGCAGCCUGUUCGGAUUCUCUCUCGCCAUGCACCGGCAGCUUCACCCGGAGGACAAGAGAAUACUACUGGUUGGAGCGCCACAAGCCAAAGCACUGAAUGGUCAAAAAUCUAAUGUGACAGGAGGAAUCUACAACUGUGAAAUGAGCUCCAACUCUGAUGCGUGCUCAAGAGUUGUCUUUGAUAAUAACGAGGAUUCAGAAAAUGAAAACAAAGAGAACCAGUGGAUGGGGGUGACAGUCAGCAGUCAAGGACCAGGAGGCAAAGUUUUAACUUGCGCCCAUCGCUACAAGCGGCAGAGAAACGUCAACUCUCCUCAUGAAUCUCGCGACAUCAUUGGCCGUUGCUAUGUGCUGAGUCAGGACCUAACUAUCGAUCCCAGUUCAAGUGAAGAUGGCGGAAGCUGGCAUUUCUGCAACAACCGGAACAGAGGCCACGAAAGGUUCGGCUCCUGCCAGCAGGGCCUCUCUGCUACAUUCGACAAGGACUUCCACUACUUCAUCUUCGGGGCUCCUGGAGCUUACAACUGGAAAGGCGUGGUACGACUGGAACAAAAGAACGACACCUUAAUAGAUAUGGGCAUCUAUGACGAUGGACCAUUUGAGGCAGGAGAUGAGACUGAGAAGAAGCCUGAUCUGGUUCCCGCUCCUCCCAACAGCUACAUGGGUUUCUCUCUGGACUCUGGAAAAGCUUUGACCAACAAGGGUCAGCUGACGGUGGUGGCAGGAGCUCCCAGAGCUUAUUUCAGUGGAGCGGUGAUUCUGCUAAAGAAAGGUGGGGAAUUAAGCAGGAUCCUUGAAAAGGAGUACAUCCUUAAAGGCGAGGGCCUGGCCUCCUCCUUUGGAUACGACCUGACUGUGCUGGAUCUCAACGGGGAUGGCUGGGAUGACAUAGUUGUUGGAGCCCCUCAGUACUUUGAGAAGGACUCGGAUAUUGGAGGAGCUGUCUACGUUUACAUCAACAAGGCUGGAAAGUGGAACGACGUCACACCAACAAGAAUAGAUGGACCCGCAGUUUCUAUGUUUGGCCUCGCCGUGGAGAACCUUGGCGACAUCAACCAGGACGGCUACCAUGAUUUUGCAGUGGGAGCUCCUCAUGAAGACAGCGGUGCAGGCAAAGUUUACAUUUACCAUGGAUCAGCCAGAGGAGAAAUCACAGACAAGGCAUCACAGGUUUUGUUCAGCAAGUCUGCUGGAGUGAGGCAGUUUGGCUAUUCAUUAGCAGGCAACAUGGACCUGGACAAGAACUCGUAUCCAGACCUGGCCGUUGGAUCCCUCUCAGACUCUGUCUUUAUCUACAGAGCCAGACCAGUUGUAAACAUCCAGAAGAAAAUUACAUUUUCCCCAAGUAGAAUCAACCUCAGCCAGAAGAACUGUGGCAACACUUUCUGCUUGAAAGUAAAGACGUGUUUCACCUACACUGCUAACCCAAGCAGUUAUGCUCCAAGACUAACGGUGGGUUACUCUCUCGAGGCGGAUGCUGACCGGAGGAAAACCAAUCUUUUACCGAGAGCAAUCUUCACAGAGCCUUCUGACUCUGAUAGUGACUAUAUAUACAAAGGGACCAUUACCAUGGACACAAAAGGAAGGGAACAAUGUUUUACACGUCAACUUGCUAUACAGGAAAAUAUUAAAGACAAGCUGCGUGCAAUCCCCAUCGAUGUUUCUGUGAAUAUUCAAGACGCUCAACGUAAACGCAGGCAGACCCAAGCUCCUCAGCUUUCACCCGCCCUCGACGCCAACGAUGCCCAGCCAACUAGAAAGAAGGUGGAAUUUAUUAAAGAGGGAUGUGGCAACGAUAAUGUGUGUCAGAGCAACCUCAUGAUAGGAUAUCGCUACGUCUACAGAACGACUGAUGUAGAUGAAUUCACUCCUUUGAACAUGGAGAAUGGCGUGCCAGUGUUCUCAUUCACCAGCCAAAAACACAUUGCCCUAGAGGUGACGGUGACCAAUCCACAUGGAGACGACGCAUACGAAGCUUCUGUGACUGCUAACUUCCCCAGUUCGUUGACCUAUUCUGCUUACCGCGUCUCACCAGAGAAGCUGCAAAUCACCUGCAUAGCAAAUAAAAACGGAUCUAUGGCUGACUGUGAGCUUGGGAACCCGUUCAAACGUGACUCCGAGACAACAUUCUACCUUAUUUUGGGUACAGCGGGCAUCUCUGCCAGCACUUCAGAACUGGAGGUCGAACUUGUGCUAAAAACGACGAGUAACCAGGAUAACCUAAUGCCCGUGAAAGCAAAGGCUAAGGUGGCCAUUGUGUUGCAGAUGUCCUUGUCGGGACAAGUCCAGCCGUCUCAGGUUUACUUCAGUGGGAACGUCAGAGGUGAGAUGGCCAUGAAGACCGAAAGCGACGUCGGCAGCGCAGUCGCGUUCCAGUUCAGGAUAGUCAACUUGGGAAAGAGACUGACAGAGCUCGGAACUGCCACCCUCCAAAUAGAGUGGCCAAAGUCUACGAAGUAUGAAAAAUGGCUGCUCUACCUGAUGAAGAUCAGCUCCCCGGGAGUGGAGCGAAUACGCUGCACGCCCAACGAAGAGAACCUUCUGAACUUGGAACCAGUUAAAACCAGAAAGAGGAGAGCAGCAGAAAUCACAGGGGAAAGGACGGAUUACGCUUUUUCACGCCUAGAUCACAACAAGGAAACUUUGUCAUGUGACGGCACAGCAAAAUGUGUGACCAUCAGAUGCGCUCUGGGGGGCCUGGACAGGAACGCACUCAUCACUCUGAACUCCCGACUGUGGAAUAGCACCUUUAUAGAGGACUAUCCCAAGUUCCAUCAUGUGGAGGUGGUGGUAAAGGCCUCUCUCCACGUUGGCAACGCGACGACAAACACUAUGCUGAAGAACCCCGAGACAACAGUGAAACUGACCGUGUUUCCAGAGAGGCGUUCUGCUCAGUAUGGAGGAGUGCCAUGGUGGAUCAUCGUGCUGUCCAUCCUACUCGGCCUCUUGCUGUUGGCUUUGCUGGCUUUCCUUCUUUGGAAGUGCGGCUUUUUUAACCGUGCCAAAUACGAGGACAAGGUUCCCAGUUACAGCGCUGUUCGGAUCAGACGGGAGGAGAGAGCGGUACAUUCUGCAAAAGACAAUUGGGGCAACUUGGAAACGAAGCCAUGGAUGACGACAUGGCAUGACAAGGAACACUAUUCCUAAAAACAACAACAAAAAUCUAUCACCUAUUGAUGGAUCAGCAGAGUCCCAUUUUUUUUUUUUUGCUGCCCCUGCCUUUGCACAUUGAGGACUUGUAAAGUUGAGAUAGAAAACUAAAUCAUUUGAAAAUAAGUCUCAAGGACUGAAUCAAACACUGUCGUUAAGGGACCUCGAUGUUCUUAAGCUAAAUGUAUGAGAUGGACUUUCUCAAAAGCUGCCUCUUAAGCAUUUUGAGCUUAUUCGGUUCAUUCAGUGACGCCUAGAAAUAUUGGAAGUUAUAAACUUUUAUCAUAGUGUUUUGUACAUUUGAAUGACUUGAAGUGUUUGUAUUUAUUCUUGCAUGGAAUAUUUUGGUUUUUGUUUGAAGAGGUAUGCAAGGUAUGCUCCCAAAAGAUAACACAAAAAUAAUCAUUUCUGUAUAUAUACCCUCCCCCCCCCAGUCCUCUAAGUCUGUCCCAGUGGUUGGCCUGUUUCCUCUGCCUCUGUUUGUACAUAUUCUGUAUUUUGAGUGCAAGCUGAAAACUGUAACCAGGCCACAACAAAAACCAUGGCGCCAUGGAAAUUGUGACAGGGACUUAAAUGUGUUUUUGUUUUUUUAAUAAAUACUUAUAACUACUUUACAGCUUUUUUCCUGCUCAGUUGUGUUCAAAAUUAUUGUAGCUCACAAUAUCCACGAUGGGAAGCUUAGAAAUAUGUUUUCGCUUCAGAUGCGAGAUCAAACGGGAAAAUUUGUCCAGUGAGGAGAAAAAAAAAAGAUCAGCAGUUUGAACAACUGACCGCCUACCGACAUAUUGAAAUGGUCACUAUGUUAGCACCAGUCUUCCUGUAAUUGGCCAAAGGUUGUUUUUUUUUUAACAAAGGCCUCUUGUAAUAAAAAAACAAAACAAAACAUAAAACCCUGAUUGCGAGCACUCAGGUUAGCAACAAGACAAAAAAUAUUGGUUUGCUGAGGAGCAGCAUGUCCUAACCUAAUAAACUGGCCAGGGACUGUAUAUCUAAUAUGCCUGACAUGGUUAAAUAUUUACUGUUUACUGAAACUUGUAAUUUGUCUUUGCAGACAAAUGAUAACAAAGGCAAACGAUGGUGUUAUCACUUGUCAUGGUAGACAAAUGAUAAACACUACAUUGGGAGACCUGGAAAUGUUGGAAGGUUGAAUAAGGUUGAGGAAUGCAUGAACUUGUCAGAGCGCAUGGUGAUUACUAUGAAAGUGAGAAUAUUAUGACGGGUAAAAACAGGUCUGAGCAUCUGAGAUCUUGUUUCUCUUGAGAGGUAACGUCUGGAUGCAGUGGAAGUUGCCAGACAAAAAAAAAAAAAAAAUGGGUUUGACAAAAAUGUAAAAACAGAUUUUUGUUCCAAAACCCACCCAAAGUCCAAAGUAAACUGAUAGAUUUAAACUGGAACUACAGGAACAUGAUGGGAAUACUGCAAAGAAGCACCAACUCAUAGACACGUGUAUGCAUGUUAAUGAAUCAUUGCUGUAGUUGC